AUGAGAAUUAAGCUUCAUUAUCGAGAAAAUCGGAGCUUUCGAUUGUAUUGGAAACAAUUCAACGAAAAGUACAAUGAUCAACAGAUCUCAAGCCGUUACGAUAACAUGGGGUACGAUUAUAUCUUCAAAACUUAUCUGAACCGAUUGUACAAUCAUGAAGUGGCAAAGGGAAACAAUACGUUCGACUACAGAAGCUAUGAGACAUUCACCCAAAUGUAUACGACCGUCUACGAAAUGGCGCACCACCUCCGCUUUUUCUCGGACUCUCAAGAAAAGAUUUUGGAAUCCGAAGCCGAAGAAGAUAUUCGAGUGUUCAGUCGAUAUCGAGAAGAGGAAAUUGAUGAGUUUGAGCAAAAAAUGGAAAAACUCAGAAAAGUCGAUCAUUCGUACCGCAAGAAAAUUGCCACCAUUGAUUUCAACACGUUUGUCGCUUACCAAAUGGGCUUUUGCACGAUCGAUUUGAGCGACACGGCCAAUCAUUCUCUCUUCGACCUUGGAUUCGAAGCUUUCCACAAUUUUGUCAACACACAUCGAUGGAAGGAUACUAACGAAACGUUGAACCGAAACUUUUUGUUCUACCAGAAUACGUCCGGGAGCUGUGAGCAUCGAUUCAAUUAUAUCCACAAAGACUACCAUCAUGGGCAUUUUCAUCAGAAAAACAGUCGAACUGGCGCGAAGUUCUACCUUUUCAGCGAACACGAUGAGAUCACGAAUGAAGAUAGGGAAAAGCUUAAUACAAGCCUCAAUGAAAGUUUCUUGAAGAGUCAGUUGCCGUCAAUUCUCCCCAAAACCCAGGAAGCCUACCACGAGGCGGCUGUCAAAAUUUGUCAGAAAAAAGUCAAUAACAAGCAUAAGUGUCGGUUCGUGUUGACGACAACAAAUGACUGCAUUUACCCGCGUGAAAGCGAUAAUCCUUUCAUACUCUUUUUGAAUCCACACAAGAACAUCAAAGUGGUGAUCGGAAUC